AUGGAUACUAUUACAUUUUUUUUAAUUUCUAGGAUGUAUGCUAGAGCAGUGUGGACAGAAGGAAAUAGAGAGGAAGAAGGCACCAUUCCAACAACCUGGAUGAGGGACCAGACAGUAUUUUGGCCACCAGGUUCAAAUGCUCUCAAAGCGUUCGAAUCACGUCAAGAGCCCUGUGAGAACUGGAGACAAUUUCCUCUUGUUAAACUGAAGCUUUCAGCAGAUGACCCCAAAACAUGUGAAGACUAUGAUGACACAACAACAGCUGAUGUCAGUGAUGAAGAAGUCUCCAAAAAACGCCCGAAGAAAAGGAAAACAUUUGGAGAUGACUUUGAAACAGAUAUGCUUCAAUGUGAUGACCAUGAGGAAGGAGGUGGAAAUGAAAUUGAGGGAGAAGUGGAGAAUGGAGACUCUGCACCAGUUUGUGUCUUACCAUUUGAGCCCAAAAAAUUUAAACUGCAACCAACAUCUCCUGUACCUGACGACUCAGAGCCUGGAUCUCCACGACUCGCCGACUCAGAACCUGGAUCUGUCUCAGACCCUGCAUCACCCAUUCCUGACUCGUCAGACCCUGGAUCUCCCUUAUCCGACUCCUUAGUCCCUGCAUCUUCCUUAUCCGACUUGUCAGACCCUGGAUCUCCCUUAUCCGACUUGUCAGAACCUGGAUCUCCCUUAUCCAUCUCAUCAGACCCUGUGGUAAAGUUGAGCAGUGCCAUGGAGUGUGGCAGUGUUGCGAAGUCAAGCAGUGCAAGAAAGUCGUCAGGGAAUGUGGAGAAAAUGAGUAGUGCCCUGAAGUCAUCAGGGAUUGUGGCGAAAUCAAGGCUUACAGUACACUCAUGGAAUGUAGCAGACUUAAGCUGUGCCAUGAAGUCAUCGCGGAAUGUGGCAAAGUCUACCUGUAGCAGUGCGAAGUCAUCGGGGAGUGUGGCAAAGUCUCCCGGUAACAGUGCGAAGUCAUCGGGGAGUACUGCAAAGUCUAGCAGUGCAAGUGCGAAGUCAUCGGGGAGUGGGGCAAAGUCGACCGGUAGCAGUGCGAAAUCAUUGGGGAGUAUGGCAAAGUCUACCUGUAGCAGUGCGAAGUCAUCGGGGAGUGGUGCUAAGUCUACCGGUAGCAGUGCGAAAUCAUUGGGCAGUAUGGCAAAGUCUAUCUGUAGCAGUGCGAAGUCAUCGGGGAGUGUGGCAAAGUCUACUUGUAGCAGUGCGAAGUCAUCGGGGAGUGUGGCAAAGUCUAGCUGUAGCAGUGCGAAGUCAUCGGGGAGUGGGGCAAAGUCUACCUGUAGCAGUGCGAAGUCAUCGGGGAGUGGGGCAAAGUCUACCUGUAGCAGUGCGAAGUCAUCGGGGAGUGGGGCAAAGUCUACCUGUAGCAGUGCGAAGUCAUCGGGGAGAUUUCAGAAAAGAGUUUUACAUCAGCUUGUUGAGAUGAAGGAAAUGAUGAGCCAGUUGUUGUACCAAAGUCAAGGAAGUACUUCAAUCGGUGGAAGCCAGGAAAGCAUCCUCAAGGAACCUUUAAACACCAGAGAUGAGUUCAUGGCCCUGGAGGAGAAACUGCUAGACGCGCAGCACCGUGCAAGUUUGGUUGCCUACUGCAGACGAAUAGGAGGAACGGAUGCACGGGAUAUGGUGCGGAAUGUAGUGAAAAGGAUGAUGACUCCUACCCUUCAAAAAGAAUUCAACAUGAAAGGCCUGAACAAGCAGAAGCUGGCGUUUGGCAGAACAGCCUUAUGUGCAGUAAUUGAAGAAAGUGUUGUUGCAUCUCACCACACCACAGUCUCGGCGGUAAAAGAGAGGAUUGCGAAAUACCUCAAGUACGCCUAUCAGCGGCGAGAAAGUAAUCAUUAGAUACUUUUAUAAUUAAUAGAACUUUAUCAAGGUACGUCAGCUUGAAAAUCUUAGGCAAACGACUCUUGCAAACUUAAGCAUAUUAAUUGACACUC